AUGGUAAACUACCCAAAGACAAGAAAAACACAUUGCCAGAAGUGCAAUGCACACGAGGUACACAAAGUAUCGCUAUACAAAAAGAGCAAGGAAAGACCUACAGCACAGGGUGCCCGUAGAUACGCACGAAAGCAGAGAGGAUUUGGAGGUCAGACAAAGCCCAUUUUAAGAAGAAAGGCAAAGACCACAAAGAAGGUUGUCUUGAAGAUGGAGUGCUCAAAGUGCAAGAGAAAGCAGUGCAAAGUAUUCAAGAGAGCAAAGCACGUAGAAAUUGGAGCACAGAAGAAGGCAAAGGGUGAGGCAUUGAACUACUAA